GUCAGGAGGAAAAAACACUACAGUUUUUUCAAUAUUCUAUGAAUGAUAGAGGACAAAUCUGAUAACCCUAAAGUAAUCAGGGUUAAUAGAUAUGGAUAAUAAUAGUAUUGGUGUGGUGCAAGUAUUUGUGGGAGAAUGGAGUGCUGAAUACGAAGCACUUUCCAUUAGGGCCACCAAGCAAACAUCUUCUGCUGAAAUAGUGGAAUGUAUCAUUGAAAGACUUAGUCUCGCUGAUGGUAAUCUUUCCAAUGGAUACGAAUUGGCGGAGGUUAUUGGUAAUUCUGUUGGGCAAGAGUGUAAAGAGCGAAGACUUGGACCUACAGAGUGCCCUGUUGCAUUGAUGCUGCUUUGGCCAAAGAAAAAUGCAUCUCAACAGGAAUAUUACAAAUUUUAUCUUAGAAAAAAACAACCUGAUUACUUAUGGUCGGACAGCAGGUUUCCAAUGGAUCCACAGCUUCUUAAGGAUUAUUUUAAUCGGUUUCUUUACCAACCGCGGGAUAAGGAAUAUCCUGAUCUCUGCCAGCUUCCUGAUCUCAAUGAGCAAACCCUCCUUGACAAUCUUCGAGCUCGAUUUCUUGCUGGGAACAUAUACACAUACGUUGGUAGCAUACUCAUCGCUUUGAAUCCUUUCAAGUUUUAUCCUAUCUACAAUCCGAAGUAUGUCAAGUUGUAUCAGAAUCGUAGACUUGGACCAGACAUACCACCGCAUAUAUUUGCAAUUGCUGAUGCUGCAUAUCAUUGCAUGUUGAAGGAAAAAAAGAAUCAGUGUAUAGUGAUAAGUGGAGAAAGUGGAUCGGGCAAGACUGAAUCAACUAAUUUUUUGUUACACCACCUAACAGCUUUGAGUCAAAAAGGUUCUCACGGUAGUGGCGUAGAACAAACUAUUUUGAGUGCUGGUCCUGUUCUUGAAGCUUUUGGCAAUGCAAAAACUGCUCAUAAUAAUAAUAGCAGUCGGUUUGGAAAAUUCAUACAAGUGAACUAUAAGGAAAAUGGAAUGGUACAUGGAGCUGUGGUACAAAAGUACCUUCUCGAAAAAUCAAGGAUAGUCUCUCAAGGAAGGAAUGAACGAAAUUAUCACGUAUUUUACUAUUUGCUAGCUGGAGCGAAUGAACAGGAGAAGCAAGUUUUACAUCUUAGGAAUUAUGAAUGGUAUAAUUACUUAAAUAAAAGUGGUUGCUAUGGACUGGAGAACAUUGACGAGAGACACGAAUUUUCAAGAUUAAAGCAAUCGAUGGAAAUGGUUGGUUUUACUCCAGAAAAACAAAGACGACUUUUUGCGGUUUUGUCAGCUGUAUUACUUCUUGGAAAUGUUGAAUUCCAACCUAGGAAAUCUUAUCAUCAUCACGAUGAGGCGGUAGGUGUCAGAAAUCCUGAAGUCGUGGCAUUAAUAUCAGAGCUACUGCGAGUGAAACAGGAAACUCUCCAAGCAGCUCUUACAGCAAAACGAGCAAGAGCUUCAGGAGAGACAUUAGUUAUAAACUAUAGACUUCCCGAAGCAAUUGCAGCUAGAGAUGCCAUGGCCAAGUGUCUAUACGGUGCUCUCUUUGAUUGGAUAGUCUUGCAAGUUAACCAUGCACUUUUAUCUAAAAAAGAUACUCUGAGAGAUCACCAAGGAAAUAGCAUUGGGGUACUAGAUAUUUUUGGAUUUGAAGAUUUUAAAACUUGCAAUAGCUUUGAACAACUUUGUAUAAAUUAUGCUAAUGAACAAUUACAACAUUAUUUUAAUCAACAUGUCUUUCAAUAUGAACAACGAGAAUAUAGAAAACAAGGAAUUAGAUGGACAGAUAUCGGUUACAGUGAUAAUUCUGGUUGUUUAAAUCUUAUAGAGGGCAAGCCCAAUGGUUUGCUUUGUCUUUUAGACGAUCAGUGCAAUUUUCCUGGUGCAACUAACGAAACGUUACUUCAAAAGUUCAAUUCAGUUCACAAAGAUAAUCCAUUUUACGAAGCUCCACAACGAAGGGAAGGAACAUUUGUUGUUCGACAUUAUGCUGGAGCGGUGAAAUAUCAGGCAUCGAAUAUGAGGGAAAAGAAUCUGGAUCUCAUGAGACCCGAUGGUGUUGUUGGAGUACUAAAGAAUUCUUCUCUUGCUUUUGUUCGAGAAUUAGUUGGUGCUGAUCCAGUUGCUGUUUUUCGAUGGGCCAUACUUCGAGCCUUCUUUCGUGCUCAUUUCGCUUUUCAGGAGGCUGGAAGAGCGCAUAGACAUGGACGAGCCGAUGGGAAUAAAACAUCUGUGCAGAAUAGAUACAGAACUCCAAAUGAAAAUGUGAUCAGUUCGCACAAACACAACCGCCCGAGCUAUCAGAAGCAGCAGCGCGUGUGCCAGGUUGCUGCGAGCCCAACGAGUUGCACUGGUGCCAUUACACAAAACAACGACAGCAUUAACAACAAUAAUCAUCAUCACCACCACCACCACCAUCACCAUCAUCAUCACCAUAACAACAACAACAACAACAACAACAACAACAACAAUCGCCUGUCGUGGCCGCAGUUUCGAAAUGUUAAUCAAGCGAGCGGAGCUGUAGGCAAGGGCGCGCUAAGGGUGGCCAGAGAUCAUGAUCAGCUGGGCUCCGGUAGAAAUAGACAGAGCAAGCUCGAUUCGAGAGUUCUGCCAAAAGACGAAGCGAGCGUCAUGGAGCGGGCCAAUCAAAUUGUCAUGAAAAACAAGUCAUUCCGACCACGGGAGCGCGGCAAGAAGGGCCUAAAGAAUCUUCAGACGGUAAAAACAUUGGCUGGGAGGACGCAGAGCUAUGGCACUGGGCCAGGUAAAGCAAGGAAGCAGCCGAUGACGGUGUCAGCGCAAUUUCAGCAGAGUCUGCACAGUUUGAUGGAUACUUUAAAUCAGGCUAAUCCCUUCUUCAUCAGGUGUAUCAAGAGCAAUGCUAAUAAGGUGCCCAAUGAAUUUGACGAAGAGACGGUUCAGCGUCAGCUCAGGUAUACUGGAAUGCUGGAGACCGUACGAAUCCGUCAGGCUGGCUUCAACGUCCGUCUCACCUAUGAGGAAUUCAUUCAACUUUAUCGAAUGCUUUUACCCAAGGGCCUUCUCAGUACACAAACCGACGUCCGCGAUUUCCUCUUGACGUUGAAUCUCAAUCGAGACAAUUACCAAUUAGGCACGACGAAGGUCUUCUUACGCGAAUCCGAGAAGAUCAAACUGGACAUUGAAUUGCAUCAGCAGAUCAUUACGAGCAUAACUACGAUACAAAAAUGGUUCAGAGCCUGUCUCGAGAGACGAAAAUUCCUAAGGCUGAAGAAUGCCGCUGUUCUCAUACAGGCGUUCUGGCGUAUGGUGACUGCUCAGCGACUUGCGAGGUCCUUGAGGACAAGAAUCGAUGCCGCUAUUCACAUACAGUCCGCAUGGAGGGCGUAUAAGCAACAGAAGUGGUACAAAAAAUUUAGAUCAGCUGUAAUAAUAUUCCAGGCUUGUGUUAGAGGGAAUAAUGUGAGGAGAGCCUUGACCGAAUUAAAGAAAAAGAAACGAGGAAUGUCUGUUAAGGAACAACGAGAAUCAUUUGGUCAAGAAUCCAAUUCUUCUGGCUCCGUUGAAAGUAAUUUACCAUCACGACUGGAACUUAAUAAUCGAAUAACUCACAUAAGAAAUGACAAUUGCAGUCCUUACGAAUCGUCUCCGGAAACUGGCAUAUCACUCUCGAAGCGCAAAAUUAUUCUCAAUCGACGCAUUUCGAACGAUACGCCUGCGUCAACGAAAAUUCCACUCAACACCGAAACCUAUCCAUCACCGGAUGCCAACAAUACGAGUAGCAUGAGUACUACCACCACGACCACCAGUGAGCAACAUCAGCGCAAGGGCAGUUUAGAGAGCCUCGCGAGUUUAUUGAGUUAUGAAUCUCAGGUAUCGGUGGAGUCGUCAGAGUCUCAGCAUUCGCACGACAAUGCCAAUGCAAAGCCGAUCCCGAGCACGCGUUUCCGACGCGGUGGCGGAGGUGUCGGCAGCAACGUCAGCAGCGUCGGAGGUUCGAGUAGUAUCGAGCAUCAGUCGAGCGUCCACACGACUUCGACGACGAGCCGCCUGUCCUCGGUUAGCCGGCGCACCGACAGCUCGUCGACCGGCUACAGCGACGGCGAGACCGAUGCGGAAACACCGAGUGCGGUGCACAGUGCGCCGCCCGUGUUUAACGCAAGUGCCCCAUCGUUCUCGAGUCCUCGGGACAUCAAGUAUCACCAGACGUACAGUCCCAACUCGGACAUCUGGCGCAAACGGCCGGAAUACGGGGUGCCGGAAUACCCUUUGCAAGUACCGCAUAAGCCGACGAUUACGCGGUCGCCUAAUGUCACGCAGCAUAGAAAUCUGAGCGAGGGCUUACUGGAGCAGGAAAGGCUCAACAGGCUUGAGAGACUGAAUAAGACGUCGAUUACGUCCACGGUGAAGAUCGACAGCCCCACGAGGAGGGAGCAGAGGAGGGUCAGCGAGGAGAACGUGAGCACGAGUUCAAGUUUGUUGAAGCGCGAGCAGGCAUACACGAAGGAGCCGAAGGAUUAUAAUUAUUUGAGAAGACAGAAUUCCGAGGGUGAUGCGAGCAUUGCUGAUAGUAGUAGCGUAACCGUGACAGUACCAAAAGCAGCGUUGAGUCCACAAAAAUCCGAGCCCGAUGUCCCGGUAAGAAGUGCCCGACGCAAUAGACCUUCUCGUGAAUUGCAAUGCCGCUCAAUGGGCGAGUCUGUGAAUGAAGAUACAACCGAAGUUCGCAAUGUCCUUCUAGGCACUAUCAAAGAGAGCGAUCUUGCCAAGACAAAUGUUUGGUCUCGCAAAGAUGAUAAAAAGCACGAGGUAGUCUCACGCUCUGUUACGGAUUGGCCUGUCAAUAAGAAGGAUCCUCACUUUAAGGCUCAGUCUGCCGGUAUCAAACGUGUUCGCUCAAAUGCUAUUACCACUAUGGAGCUGCGCCGUCGAAAUUCGGAUCCUGCAACCAAAGUUUCGGGACUCGGUGAUGAUAAGGGCAAUGUAGAAACAAGUCCGAAUGAGCUAAAACCGGCGCCCGGAAUGAAUCUCCUAGAGUGGAAAGGGAAUUUGUUUAUACUCGCGGGACAUCAGUUUAGGAAGAUUGCUAGGUUCUCUAAGGAUGACGUGUGUGUCUGCUGUCACGAAAAGAUGGACGCUUUUGUUACUCAGGGUUACAAGUGUAUUGACUGCAAGCAGCCUUUUCAUGUGAAAUGUAUUCAAAAUGGUGGGGUUUUGAAAAUGCCUUGUAUACCAGCUAAUACGCCGAAUCGACGAAAUAAGAGAAAACCACCGAGGACGCCGUACGAUCAAGUAAAACAAGCUGUCGUGUCCAAAUUCAGUCUUACAGGAACAUCGGCCUUCUCAGAUAGUACCGAUAAAAUUAUCUCGGAUGCGAAGGAAUUAGCACUGAUGCAAGACUUUAUUACCAAGAAAAUAUAUAUUAUGGACGGCCAAGACGAUGGGAAAAAGCCACCCAGCGAAGUUGACCGAGUGUUUAAGCAAGCGUUGAGAAAAUUCAAGGACGAUCUCGUGAUAACUUAUAGCGUAGCUAUACAGCAAGGCAUCGAGGGCAACAUCAAAUAUACGGAUCUUAUAGCAAAUUUCCUACAUGUUAUGGAAACCGUUUGUAAACAGGAGAACUUGAAGGAAGAUUUCCCAUUAACGAUGGGUGUGAAUGCUUUCAGGGGCUUCAUGAAUGAAUUUAUGGCAUUAGCAAAGACUGAAUCAAUGGAGAAGCAAAGCAAAAGCAAACGAAAGAAGGAGAAAAAAGAGAAGAGGAAGCAGGAGGAGCCAAUCAAGCAUGGGAAUCAUAUGUUCCAGCUGACGAUUAUUAAUAUUCCAACGGCUUGUGAAGUGUGCACAUCUUUCUUUAUGUGGCCCAUUGAACGAGGACUUAUUUGUCAAAAUUGUAAACUGACUUGUCACAAGAAGUGCUACACAAGAGCAUCGGCCGAGUGCGGCAAGGAUGGCGUUCUACACGAUGCAAAUUCGCGCAAAGUUUUUGGCGUCCCGCUUUACAAAUUGGACUGCGGCGAUGGCAAAGUACCACUCGUCGUCGAUAGGUUAAUAACUACAAUCGAGAUGCAUGGCCUUUAUACCGAGGGUAUAUACCGCAAAAGUGGUGUGAGCUCGAAAGUGAAGGAGCUCAAGGUUAAAAUGGACGAAGGAGAUCUAGAAAGAGUGGACUUUGAGAAUUAUCAGGUGCACGUUUUAGCGGCUGUGCUCAAAAGUUUUUUUAGAGAUAUGCCCGAGCCGCUGCUUACUUUCGAAUACUACGAUGAUUUUCUUCACGCGGCCAGUUUAACCGAACCCCAGGAUCGAAUUAGCACUCUCUUCGCCAUCCUGAAAAAGCUACCCAAGCCAAACUUCGACCUCAUGGAGCGAUUGAUCGUCCACUUGGCUCGCGUGGCGUUGCACGAGCUUGACAAUCGCAUGUCGCCGUCGGCCCUCGCAAUAGUGUUCGCUCCAUGCAUACUGCGCACCAAUCGCACCCUGCCUGCCCAGGAUUCGCUGCAGGAUGUUGGCCGUCAAACGAAGUGCGUUGAAACUAUCGUCCAAGAGAAGUUGCGCAUCGUGAAGACGACCCUCGCCGACAUCAACACCUUGGAUUCGGCUUGCCACUCCGCAACUUACCGGCUGUCGAGUCUCAGGUCGUCAAAGAUCUUCAGCCCCGAGGAGCUCAGCACGACCUUAUCGGGUGUCGUCGCGGGCAGAGGGAGCAACAGCACUACCACGGAUCCGGAGAGGGACCGGGAGGAUGAGGAGGAAGCGCUGGUUGGACACAUCCAAGAGAUCCAGAAGGAAAAGGCACUUUUAACGUCGACUUUACCAAGCGACCUCUUGCUAUCUGCGACGGAUCUUGAUGAUGGUUCGCUCGACGAUCUCUUGCCCUCUGCUGACGGACUCGUUAGAAAGAAACCAAUUCAAAGGCAAAGUUCAGCGGAUAGUAGUUUCCCGACUAUUAUUAACGUAGAUGAAGAUAUGGUAAUGGUAUGAUCAAUGGCGAAUAUACACAAUACGUCUUGCCUUUGAAAGAGAGCCAAUCUAUUUACCGAUCAGCUAUUUCAUUUACAAAAAUAGCUCUUUCUGAAUUUCUGGAGUUAAUGUUCUUCCAGCGUACAAUGUUCAUAGUUAAGUAUAUCAAAUGUAAACUUGGUCAACUUGUCUUCUCUCACUGACAGUCUAAUAUUUCGAAUGCGCUGUAAGAAUAACGGAAAAGAUAGUUAUACUUAUGCAUACAUAUAUACAUAGCAUCGAAGAAUACAAUAUUAUGUCGAUUCUCAUCUUCCUAGAAUGCAUUCCUCGUUAAAGACUGUCAUCUGCAUGUGAGUGGGUACACGACAAACAAAUGUUAAAAGAAAAGCCUUUCGUCGGUGUGUCGCUUCGUCUACGUUUUUCCAGUUUUAGGGAUCCGCCUUUAAAUAAUAAAAAAAAAAAAAUUAACACUCUGUGACUCUUGUGACGAUGUGAAAAUUCUACUCUUGAUAUAGAUAAAUGUAAGAGAGUAAGAUAUUUAUGAAUUAAUAAAGCGAAUCGACAUAAUUCGCUUAGAAUCAAGAGAUGUACGAGUGUGUAAGAAUGAAUGUGGGAGAGAAUAAUAACACUGCAACCCAUGUUAGAUGU